CUAACUUCCUGGGAUGAACAAUUUGAAAUCAGCACUGGAGGAGUCAGAAGCGUCGUAUUCGUCGGAAACCAGUUCAAUUCGGAGCGCUAGCGGCGCCCACUCUGACGACCAAGUCAUACUCGCUUCAGCGCGGCCAAAGAAGCGAGCGGGGCGGAGAGUGUUCAAGGAGACACGACACCCCGUGUACCGAGGAGUGCGUCGCAGGAACAACAACAAGUGGGUCUGCGAGAUGCGUGUGCCCAACAAAAACUCCCGGAUUUGGCUCGGAACCUACGCCACGCCCGAAAUCGCAGCGCGCGCGCACGACGUCGCCGCCCUUGCGCUCCGGGGAAAGUCCGCCUGCCUCAACUUCGCCGACUCCGUCUGGCGCCUGGCGGUCCCGGCCACCACCGACGCGGAGGAGAUUCGAAAAGCGGCGGUGGAGGCUGCUGAGUCAUUUGCGGCUGAGGACGUUCAUGAGUGCCAGCAACAGCAGCAGCAACUGCAACAAGAGGGAAUGCAUGUGGAUGAGGUUCAUGAGUUGCAUGAUUUGCUUUUGAGCAUCGCAAACGAGCCUUUGAUGUCUCCUCCUCCUUCUGCAAGAGAUCAUGGAAGGGACUGGAAUGACGUCCACAUUUUUGAUGCUGAAGUCUCCUUAUGGAACUUUUCAAUUUGACGCCUACCCACUCCACACUUUAAUUAAUUAGAGUUAGUUAACUCAUCAUUCAGUUCAUUACCCUUUUUCAGUGUGACUAGGAGUGAAGCAAUGUUGUGUAUAAAAAGAAUCACCACUCUCGACUAAGUUCAGUGGAUAGUGUAAGAGUAGAGAUAUUUAUGAGUAAUUUUUAUUCACUUUAAAUGUGUUUUAUUAUGUUAUAUUAUUUAUAAAUUAUUUUAUUAUAUUUUUAUAA